GUCAGUUGCCGUCCGACGUUCUUGGUGGAAUGUCGACGUCGCGUUUCGAUCCAAGUCCGUACAAGUCGCGCACGUACUUUCUCACGAGGAGCAACGCGCGCUCUUAACGAGUUUUUACACGCGAUACGAAGCGUCCUCGUGAUCUCGUGGUUAUGACAGAUCGGUGUUCGCGUUCCUCGUUCGAGCACCAACACCGUCGUCGGACUAGUUCGAUUAGCGUUCUCGAUUAUUAGUGUAUCGGUCAGUGUGAGAUCGCAUCCCUGCCGACGGCGGAGGACUUGGCUAAGUUACGCUCCGAUUUUCCUUCCGUCGUUCGCGCGUUUCGAAACCGAUCGAACGAAGUGGUGUUGUGUCGAGUGACUAUGAGUGCGUGACGACGGUACGAGGUUGUUAACCGAUCGCAAAGCAAGUCCAGUUGUUUCGAAGAAGACGAGGAGAAUGGAAUCGACGCAGCGUCGUCCGUUGGCCCUGUUGGGGAUCGUCUGGUGUCUGUUGGCCAGCAGUGGUCCGAUCCACGGACGAAGCAUCACCAGCCUGGAGGCACCGAGCGGGUGCGAGUGGAAAAAGGACGGAGACGAGGGAGAGAAAGAGCUCGGGUGUAGGGUCAGGACUAUCGCAAACGUGCCCGGUCUAAUUGGCAAUCUCUCGGCCAUUCAAGUGGACUCGAUCAGCUCUUUGGCGUUGGAAUGCAGCGACGUGUUGUUCUUCGAGAGUCAAAUAGACGGCCCCCGCGGUUUCUUCUCGCCGUUGCCACGCUUGCAGAAGCUUCGCGUGGAUUACUGCAAGAUCCGCAACCUGCCGGCCGGUGUAUUCUCCUCGGCGCACAAUUUGAGAAGUUUGUCCGUGAGAACGCACAACGGCGACUGGUCGGCCAUGACUUUGGAGCUGCACCGUGACUCGCUACGCGGUCUCGCCAGCUUGCAGCAUCUCGAUCUCUCGGACAAUAAUCUCUGGACCCUGCCGUCCGAAUUGUUCUGCCCGGUCCAGAGUCUGGCCACUUUGAAUCUGACGCGCAACAAGUUACAGGACAUGGAAUCACUCGGCUUCGCCGACUGGAUGGAAUCGUGCACGCCUAGCCUGGAGGUGUUGGAUCUGAGCAACAACGACCUCGCCGCGUUACCGGAUCGGGUACUGAGCAAUUUGCGAAGCCUAACGGUGCUGAGGUUACAGGAGAACGUGAUCGACGCGGUGGACGAUCACGCGCUCGCCGGUCUGACCGCGCUUCGUUCGUUAAACAUGUCCAGCAACAAAUUGGUCGCUUUGCCGCCGGAAUUGUUUUCGAAAACCAGAGAAUUGAGAGAACUGAUCUUGAGCAACAAUUCGUUGACGGUGUUGGCACCGGGACUCUUGGACAAUCUCGCCGAACUGCAAGUACUGGAUUUGAGCAGCAACGAAUUGACGAAUCACUGGGUGAAUCGAGACACGUUCUCGCGAUUGGUGCGACUCGUGAUUCUCGAUCUCUCUUUCAACGGGCUGUCGAGAAUCGACGCCCACGUGUUCAAGGGCCUGUACAGCCUUCAGAUUCUGAAGCUCGAGCACAACGACGUCGAGAUCCUGAUAGACGGAUGCUUCGGUUCUUUGACCAAUCUACACUCUCUGACUCUGUCGCACAAUCGGAUCGCCAGGUUCGAUCCGGGACACACGAUCGGCCUGAACACUCUCGGCCAACUUUUCCUGGACACGAACAAACUGAGGACGUUGCAUCGUCACGUGUUCGACAACCUGACCGGCUUGCAAGAUCUCUCGCUGAGCGGCAACUACCUCACCGAGAUCCCGUACGCGGUUCGCGUGCUACGUUCGCUCAAGACCCUCGACCUUGGCAACAACCACGUGUCCAGAAUCGACAACGACUCGUUCGCCGGUCUCAGCGAACUGUACGGUCUACGAUUGGUGGACAACAAGCUGGAGAACGUGUCGCGUGACGCGUUUUCCGCGUUACCGGCUCUUCAAGUGUUGAAUCUAGCGAACAAUUAUAUCCGUCACGUGGAGCAGAGCGCGUUCGCCAGCAACACGGUGUUGCGCGCCAUCAGGCUGGACGGAAAUCAGCUAACGGAGAUCCGAGGUGCGUUCACCAGCCUCUCCACCCUGGUCUGGCUGAACGUCUCGGACAAUAAGUUGCUGUGGUUCGACUACAGUCAUUUGCCGACCAGCAUAGAGUGGCUCGACAUACACGCGAAUCAGAUAAGCGAGCUGGGAAAUUAUUACACGGUGCGGAACACGUUGCGUAUAAAGAUGCUGGACGCGAGCUACAACCAAAUCGGCGAGAUAGCCGAGGCGAACGUGCCGGACAGCGUGGAAACGUUGUUCCUGAACAACAACAAAAUACGCACGGUCGCCUCCGGUACGUUCCAGCAGAAGAGGAGCCUCCAGAAAGUGGUGUUGUACGGUAACGAGAUAAGGAAUCUCGAUGUGACCGGUCUGGCGUUGCAAACGGUACCGGACGACGUUGAACUGCCUGAAUUUUACAUCGGUAACAAUCCGAUCUUGUGCGACUGCACGAUGGAGUGGUUGCCGAGGAUCAACGAGAUGGCCCGUCUUCGGCAAUAUCCUCGCGUGAUGGAUCUCGAUUCGGUCACCUGCGAGAUGGUUCACGCUCGCGCCACUCCGCGACGACCUCUGCGAUCGUUGAAACCGAAGGACUUUCUCUGCCGAUACGACGCGCAUUGUUUCGCCCUCUGCCAUUGUUGCGACUUCGACGCGUGCGACUGCGAGAUGACGUGCCCGGACAAUUGUUCGUGUUAUCACGACCACAGCUGGUCGAGCAACGUGGUGGACUGUUCGAACGCCGGUUACAAACACGUGCCGGAACGGAUACCGAUGGACGCUACGGAGAUCUAUCUGGACGGGAACGAGCUCGGCGACCUGGGCAGCCACGUGUUCAUCGGUAAGCGUCGCUUGGAGGUGUUGUACUUGAACAACAGCGGGAUCGCGGCGCUUCACAAUUUCACGUUCAACGGUGUGGGCGCGUUGCGCGUCCUUCACCUCGAGGACAAUGCCCUCCGCGAGUUGCGCGGCUUCGAGUUCGAUCAGCUCGAACGAAUGUCCGAAUUGUAUCUGGAUCACAACGCGAUCGCGACCGUCGGCAACACGACAUUCCGAAAAAUGAAGAAUCUCGAGGUGUUGCGAUUGGACAGCAAUCGUAUCGUCGACUUUCGACCGUGGGAAGCGUUGCCGAGCGUCGGGGACACGGCGAAAGUCGCUCUCGAAGGAAACGCGUGGAGCUGCGAGUGCAGCAACGCGGCUAAAUUGCGCGGUUGGUUGGCCGAGCAUCGCGGCGAUCCGGAGAAGAUGUACUGCCGCGACGGCGUCGAGACUCUCGCUCAGGCUAUGAAGCGUUGCGGCGAUCCGUCAACCGAGGCUGUCAGCCGUGGAAUUCAGGAGAUCCCUCUGCUAGGUGGUAACUUUGUGCCGCUUUUAGCCGGCGCCUUAGUGGCUGUGAUCGCGAUUUGCCUCUUCGUCGCGCUCGCGUUUGCGUUUCGCCAAGACGUUCGUCUCUGGGCUCACGCGCGAUACGGUCUGCGACUUGGGAAAAUGACCACGCCGCCGGACGAGGAACGGGAUCGUCUCUACGACGGAUACAUCGUCUACAGCGAACGCGACGAGGACUUUGUCUCCAGAUUCCUGGCUGCCGAACUGGAGCAAUCGGGAUUGGCACUCUGCCUUCACUGGCGAGAUUUGCCACCGGCGAGACCGCAGGAAGCGGUGCCACCGGCAGCGGCAGCCGCCAGACGCAUCGUCAUCAUCUUCUCGCCCGUCUUCCUCGCGAACGAGUGGCAGCACGCGGAAUUUCGUGCCGCCCUGAGGACCGCGCUCGAGAACAUCAGACCCAGUUCGAGGAAGAGGCGCGUGCUCGUGUUGCUGGCCACCGAUGCGCCCGCCCGUGAUCCGGAACUUCAGCUGUUGCUACAGACCUGCACCGUCGUCAUGUGGGGCGAGAAAAGGUUCUGGGAGAAGCUUCGUUUCGCCAUGCCCGAUUCCGUUGGCAAACGGCGGGACAGCAAGAAGGUGAACGAUCGAAAUCGCAAACCGACUCGGUACACCGCCGCCCCGUCAGCCGGCGACGUGUGGAGCAAGCCUAAUGGCGUUUUGGUCGCGCCGGUGCACGCACCCACGCCCACGCCCACCCAAUCCACCUAUGUUAGCUCCGCGUCCAGCAGGACCGAGGACGAGGACAGCGGCGCGGAACAUCAACAUCAACUCCAACAUCAACUCCAACACGGUGGUUACAGCGCGUUGCACACCGGAAACGCGCGGCCAGCUAGCCUCUCGUCCAGGGGCAGCCAUCUUUACAGUACCAUACCGGAACCACCGGUACCAACGGCACCUCCUGGCGAGGUCUUGACGCAUCCGGCCAAUCCUCGUACUUAUUUCGUCUAGUACAGACGAUCCGCUUCCAUCGUCCAUCGCGAUACAGGAUGGACGCUGAUCGAGGCUGCGAUUGUAAAAAGUUCGUUGUAGGCCUGCGAGCGAGGAAACGGUGAGACGAUGACGACGAUGAUGAUGAUGAUGUUGUAGGUAUUUGUACAGUGUCGUUCGUUGCUCGCGAUGGAUCGACCAACGUUUACGCGAAUCGUGUCGAUCCGUUUGCUCUUCCACUACAUAGAAAAUCGGUCGCGAAAUCUUGCUCGCGCUCAACGAAACGAGAGACUUUAUCGCGACGAGGGUAUCGCCUCGCGAGAAAAUUACGCCAAUAGACGCGAGGCUUUCGCUCUUUCGUUUACCUCGACGUACGUAAAGGUGAUUGACGAUCGACGAACAGAUAGAUUUAUUUAACUCUGCUGAUCUAAUUUGCACCGAUCGAUUUCUUAUUUUCUACACUCCUGGCAUACGUUUUCUUUAUCCAGACUAGUCAAGACUUGUUUGAAAGUUACGAAUUCUUCUCCUGAUAUGAAUAAAAGCGAAUAGAACUGCAGGGUUAAAUAUUUACUCCUUUGUAAAAUAUAGGACACCGUGAUCGAGUCAUUUAUUUUUACCUACCAGCCGAGAGGAGAGAUCAUUUCCUUGCGCAAAGAUCUAUACUUCUACGAAUAAUAAUGUAUAUGUGUAUGUACACAGUGAUACGCGAAGAGAGUAAGCUUUAGGUGAUACAUAAUGGCAGUCAAUGAGGACAUAGAUUGUAAUUAUUAUUCUCGUCGGUGAUUAGAGCCUAACACGGACGUACGCAACCCCGGUUCGAAGUAGAUUGUUAUAGUUCUUCUUCGUUGUUGUUGUUGUUGCACGAUUAAUGGUCCAGGACACGUGUUCGCGCUGUAUAUUUUCCGAUUCCAAUGAUACAGAGAAAGAUCGUGGAGAAAAGUGACUGGGAAAGGCUCGAAUUCGAAAUUUUCAAAGUUGUCGAAAGUUUCUCGCGCGAAACGAGGAGGAUUUCGAUCAGCGGUUUGAAAAAUAGCCGUUUCUCGUUUCGUCAGUUUCACCCGCGACCGCACACCUCGAUCGAUCGAUCGCCGUUGCGACGCACCAGCUGUUUCGCUUUCUCAUCGACCAUCUCGUUAUUUAUUUUACGUUCGACGAGAAUUUUCCUCGAUUAUUCGUGAUUUCGUUUUUGUUUCACAAACUUUGACUAUCGAUACGCGUUUAUUCUUUCGUUACCCAUUAUUAUACAUUAUUCUUUCUGAUUUAAGCACUAUGCUCGAAGUAAUCGAAAACGUCGUCGACUGUUAGUUGAAAAAUUCUUUUAUUUAUAGACUUGGAAACCAAUGUCUCCGAAUUGUUUCGAGCAGAGUUGUUAAACGUUCGCAAGCUCGCGUUCAAACAUUGAAUUCUAUCGUUUUUUAAUGUUAUAUAAACGGUUCAGAACUCGGUGCUCCUUACGUUUCGUUUUCUUGAAAGAUGUUACACAAACCUCAAGUUUUCGAUUGUUCGCCGGGAAAACGCGGAAGCUCGUGUUUCAGAAAUUUUCCGAGGGAAUCUGUAUUUAUGUUUCGAGGUUCAUUUUAUUUCCAAGACGAUCGUUUACUUUGGCGAUCGAAAGCGUUUCAAUUUCUGAUUCCGAGUAUACUUUUUUUAAACACUCCAAGAAUACAGCUGAACGUUACAUAAUAAUAUUUAAAAUUUUCUUCAAGUUUUUUCGUACGAAAUUUGCGGUGUCGGUCACUGGUGAUCAUCGAUAAUAAUUAGCGCGUCGAUGGAAAGAGAAAAAGAAAUAAGACGAGAAUGAUACGUCGUCGCGUGUGCUCCAAAUUCUCGGGACGACCUGUUCUUCGUACUAAUCGUAUAUACAUAUAUUUUUCUUUCUUCCCUCGAGAAACGGAGCAAUCGCGACCCUAGUUCUCAUUCCUGUCGCUCGUUCGUCAAUUCAUUAGUUAGCGAAUGGAGGGAUAUGAUAAUCGAUAUGAAUCGUGUUUGAUUAAUUCGAGAGAAAAGACGUCUAGCGAGACAAAGCACACCUCGUUCCUAAGAUUCACGACUGUCUUGGAGAAAGCAACGGUCGCCAAACGCUUAUUAGUUUGUAAGUGGAUCCUCCUGUAAAUAAUUGUGUAUAUCUAAUGAAAAACAUUGUAAAUAAUUCACGCGCACACUUGUCGAGCACAUCAAAGUGGCCAGGCACUUGUACCUACAAAAAUAUAGGGCUGGUCUCGUACGAGGGCCGUGUCACGACUAAUUCGAACAAUUUCCGAAUUCUGUACUCUAUUGUUGUAAAUAUGCUCAUCGGAUCACGCAUAUACUAUAUAUAAAUAUUGUAUUCACGAUCUGUUACGUGAUUAUUAAAUUAAUUGCCACUUUCCAUUUCAGCAAAGAACCAUGAGAAA